AUCGGGUCAUCUAGCACAAAUAAGAACAGAAGUACGAAACCAACAAUCCAAGAAAUUGCAGUGUUCCAGCUUUAACGAUCACAAUCAAAUCUCCAGUUACAAUCUAUCUGAAAUUGAACGUUUAUUUACAUUCAAUUCAAGUUAAAUAUCUUAUUCGCCACAUGGGUUGCUCUGGUUCCCUUCCUGAUAGGAAUUCUGGGCGGUUGAGUGGAAUUAAUGGUUCAGAGAGCAGUGGGGCACCUGAUGCGAAAAACCUGCGUGUUAAGCUGGUUUUAUUAGGUGAUUCAGGUGUUGGGAAAAGUUGUAUUGUUCUUCGCUUUGUUCGUGGCCAGUUUGACCCAACAUCCAAGGUUACAGUUGGAGCUUCAUUCUUGUCACAGACAAUAGCUCUGCAAGAUUCUACGACAGUUAAAUUUGAAAUAUGGGACACAGCUGGUCAAGAAAGAUAUGCUGCACUUGCACCGCUGUACUACAGAGGUGCUGCAGUUGCAGUUAUUGUGUAUGAUAUAACAAGCCCAGAGUCAUUCAACAAAGCACAAUAUUGGGUUAAGGAGCUACAAAAACAUGGGAGUCCUGAUAUAGUCAUGGCUUUAGUUGGUAACAAAGCUGAUCUUCAUGAGAAUCGAGAAGUUCCAACACAGGAUGGCAUCGAGUACGCAGAGAAGAACGGGAUGUUCUUUAUUGAGACAUCUGCCAAGACGGCAGAUAAUAUAAAUCAGCUGUUUGAGGAAAUUGCUAAGCGACUUCCCCGUCCAUCAUCCACUUCAUAGCUGUGGACGCUUGAAGCUCUUAAUGUAAUGUGAAACCUAUCUACCUGCCUGUCGUGUCAGAUUUAGUGUAUAUUGGUGUUGUGAUAUAAUCCUCUGUGUUCUGUAAUGUGCUUCUGUGUUUGAUUUGAAAAUUCAGUUGCAGCUAUAAGAUCACGAUUUAUACUCAGCCGCAUGGCUUUCUAAUGAUAAGUUUAAAGGCAAAUGACCUUGGGCAGUGGAUCCCAUUCCCAUGGUUUGAAGGCCUACAUUAUAUAA